GGCCUCUGAGUAGUGAUAGAAAUUUAAUAAAAAUCUGCCGUUAACAACAGCCAAAGUGGCACAGCAAGAGCGAUAAGCACGCGCAAAACCAAGUGCAAACAACCGUGCAAUAACUGUCCAGGUUGUUUUUUCUUAACAUCUCAAAAAAACAAUGGCCCCAUCGAGUGUUCGCGGUGAACCGGACGGACUGUUGCAGCAAUUCAACAGAAAUCAACCACUGGUUUUCUUCGUCAACGGAAAGAAGGUUACCGAUGAAUGUCCAGAUCCUGAGAGUACUCUGUUGACAUAUUUGCGUGACAAAUUACGUCUCUGUGGCACGAAGCUCGGAUGCGCCGAGGGAGGAUGUGGAGCAUGUACGGUGAUGGUGUCGAAGGUCGAUCGGAAAACUGGCCUUCUACAGCAUCUGGCGGUCAACGCUUGCCUUACACCGGUAUGUUCCGUUCACGGGAUGGCCGUAACAACGGUCGAGGGUAUUGGAAGCACCCGGACACGCCUCCACCCGGUACAGGAACGCAUCGCAAAGGCACACGGCUCGCAGUGCGGCUUUUGCACUCCCGGAAUCGUAAUGUCGAUGUACUCGUUGCUCCGCAGCUCUCCUGUUCCGUCCAUGAAAGAACUAGAGGUAGCUUUCCAGGGCAACCUAUGUCGCUGUACCGGAUAUCGACCGAUCCUCGAGGGAUACAAAACGUUUACCAAAGAGUUCGGCACCAACUGUGCCAUGGGAGAGAAUUGUUGCCGAAACGGAAACGGUACAGGCUGCGGACAGAACGGCAGCGAAAAAGAUAACGAGCUUUUCCAGCCGAGCGAAUUCAUCCCCUACGAUCCUUCCCAAGAGCCCAUCUUCCCACCGGAAUUGAAGCUAUCGGAUAAACUCGACUCAGAAUCGCUAGUUUUUCGUACGUCGCGCACGGCAUGGUACCGUCCAACGAAACUCGCCGAUUUGUUAGCGCUGAAAAAAGUUCAUCCGGAAACGAAGAUUGUGAUCGGUAACACGGAAGUAGGGGUGGAAGUCAAGUUUAAGCACUUUGAGUAUCCCGUCCUUGCCAAUCCUUCCCAAAUAAAGGAACUGACAAUAAUCGAGCGACAAGCGCAGGGAAUGAAAAUAGGAUCCGCAGUGACGUUGAUGGAAAUGGAAAACGCGCUCCGAAAGGAAAUUGAAACCGGUCCAGAGACUGAAACGCGUUUGUUUCAAGCUAUCGUUGACAUGUUGCACUGGUUUGCAGGCAAGCAAAUUCGCAAUGUAGCCUCGGUGGGAGGUAACAUAAUGACGGGAAGCCCUAUUUCCGACUUGAACCCCAUCUUUACUGCAGCUGCAAUCGAACUGGAAGUAGCAAGCCUAGACGGUGGAGUUCGGAAAGUGCACAUGGGCGAUGGAUUCUUCACUGGCUAUCGAAAGAACGUGAUUCAACCCCAGGAAGUUCUUCUGUCCCUGUUUAUCCCUCGGACCACCAAAGACCAGCACUUCAUUGCGCAUAAACAGGCCAAACGGCGGGACGACGAUAUAGCCAUCGUGAACGGAGCGUUCAAUGUUCAGUUUCGCCCGGGCACAGAUAUCGUCGAACAAAUCCAUCUGGCAUUUGGCGGAAUGGCGCCAACUACUGUUCUGGCCAAGAAGACGGCCGCUGCUCUAGUCGGAGCUCGUUGGGAUGCGCAGCUUGUCGAACGGUGCAACGAUUUGCUCGUGGAGGAACUUCCACUCAGUCCAUCGGCUCCCGGUGGUAUGAUCGUUUAUCGUCGAUCGCUCACGUUGAGCCUCUUCUUUAAGGCAUACCUAGCGAUCGCCCAAUCGCUUGACAAACAACAAAUCCCAAACAGGAAACCCAUUGAUGAUCGUGAGAAGAGCGGUGCCAGCACUUUCCAUACGUUAGUGCCGAAGAGCACUCAAUUGUUUGAAAAGGUUUCAGGCGAUCAACCCAUCACCGAUCCAAUCCGUCGACCACAAGUGCAUGCUUCAGCUUACAAACAGGUCACAGGAGAAGCAAUCUAUUGUGACGAUAUUCCAAAGUUUGUCAACGAGUUAUAUUUGGCAUUCGUGUACAGCACGAAAGCGCACGCCAAAAUUCUAUCAAUCGAUCCAUCGGAAGCACUGAACCAGGAAGGUGUUCAUCGAUUCUUCAGUGCGGAAGAUCUGACCGACGAGCAGAACAAAGCCGGUCCUGUGUUUCACGAUGAAUUUGUAUUCGUGAAAGAUGUUGUAACUACCCAGGGCCAGAUUAUCGGCGCUAUCGUAGCUGAUAAUCAAACAAUUGCACAACGCGCAGCACGUAAGGUGAAGGUAGCAUAUGAAGAAUUGCAACCAUUAAUUAUAACAUUGGAAGAUGCAAUCCGACAAGAAUCGUUCUAUCCCGGGUUCCCGAGAGUCAUUGUUAAGGGAGAUGUAGAGCAGGGGUUUUCAGAAGCUGACUUCAUCGUAGAAGGUGAUUGUCGCAUGGGCGGACAGGAGCACUUCUACCUUGAAACGCAAGCGUGUCUCGCUGUGCCGAAGGAUUCCGAUGAGAUCGAGGUCAUCAGCAGUACCCAGCAUCCUACCGAAAUCCAACAUCACGUAGCACUAGCGCUAGGAAUUCCUGCCUCAAAAGUAGUCUCUCGUGUUAAACGUCUUGGGGGCGGUUUUGGUGGCAAGGAAUCGCGUGCCGCCAUCGUUGCCAUACCGGUCGCACUGGCCGCCCACCGCCUUGGAAGGCCCGUGCGAUGCAUGCUGGACAGAGAUGAAGAUAUGGCAGUGUCCGGCACACGACAUCCUUUCUAUUUCCAGUACAAAGUUGGAGUUAGUAAGGAAGGAAAGCUUAUUGCUGGGGAUUUUCGUUCAUACAACAACGGUGGCCACUCGAUGGAUUUAUCCUUUGCCGUUUUGGAGCGUUCAAUGUUCCAUAUUCAGAACGCUUACCGUAUACCUAAUCUGCGCGUCCGCGGGUGGGUGUGUCGUACGAAUCUUCCUUCGAACACAGCUUUCCGUGGAUUUGGAGGCCCGCAGGGCAUGAUGGCAGCAGAAUUUAUGAUGCGUCAUGUUGCACGCGUACUUAAGCGGGACUACAUCGAGUUAGUCGAACUAAAUAUGUACCGCGAAGGUGACACAACACAUUACAACCAGCAAAUCGAAGGCUGUAACGUGGGUAAGUGCUGGAGCGAGGUACUACAAUCAUCUGACUUUGCCAAACGCAGGCAAGCAGUUGAACAGUUCAACCAAGAGCAUCGUUGGCGUAAGCGGGGAAUUCACGUCGUUCCGACAAUGUUUGGCAUCGCAUUCACGGUACUGCAUUUAAACCAGAGCGGUGCACUGAUUCACGUUUACCAGGAUGGUACGGUACUGCUCACCCACGGAGGAACCGAAAUGGGACAAGGACUACACACGAAAAUGAUUCAAGUCGCGGCAACAGCGCUGGGAAUUCCUUUCGAUCGUAUCCAUAUUUCUGAAACGUCUACAGAUAAGGUACCGAAUACUUCGGCGACAGCAGCGAGCGCUGGUUCAGAUUUGAAUGGAACAGCGGUGCUGAAUGCGUGCAAAACCAUUAGCAAACGAUUGGAACCGUUUCGGCGAGAAUAUCCCGACAAGGAUUGGAAUUUCUGGGUCAGUAAAGCUUACUUCAGUCGCGUUUCAUUGUCGGCUACUGGAUUCUAUGCUACACCUGAUUUGGGAUACGAUUUUGGCACUAACUCGGGCAAAGCAUUCAACUACUACACAUACGGUGCGGCCUGCUCCGAGGUGGAAAUCGAUUGCUUGACUGGCGAUCAUCAGGUCAUUCGUACUGAUAUCGUUAUGGAUUUAGGAUCCAGCAUCAAUCCAGCCAUUGAUAUCGGACAAAUCGAAGGCGGAUUUAUGCAGGGUUACGGUUUGUUUACACUGGAGGAAAUGGUAUAUUCGCCGCACGGACAAGUUUAUUCACGAGGACCCGGUAUGUACAAAUUACCCGGUUUUGCCGACAUACCUGGUGAGUUCAAUGUUUCACUAUUGACUGGGGCUCCAAAUCCCCGCGCAGUGUACUCAUCAAAGGCAGUUGGUGAACCACCGCUUUUCUUAGCAUCGUCUGUUUUCUUCGCUAUUCGAGAUGCAAUUGCUGCUGCUCGACAGGAGGAAAAUCUGAGUGAAGAUUUUACUCUAGUUUCACCGGCAACUUCCGCACGAAUUCGUACAGCUUGUCAGGAUAAGUUGGUUGAACGAUUCACUAAACAACAGAGCAAUGACUAUAUUCCGUGGAAUGUAAUGCCUUAA